CGCCGCGGAGUGCUAAUGUGGAACAUGCAGCUCGCAUGCCGCAUUGAUUUGUGUGGGAGUCGAGUAGGAACUUAGCUUGUCGUAACUUACACUUUUGCUUCAUUUGAGCUGGAAAGAACCACAGUGCAAAGAUGCCGUUCAGUUACGAGAAAAAGAGUGUUUUUGCCGCGCAUCCCAGAACGGAGCGAGCCCGUGCAUUUAACCUCGGCGGGGACCCAAAGGGCAAGACCUUCCUGUAUACGAACGACACCAACGUCUACAUUAGAGAUAUUGAGAAUCCUGCAAUAUGCGACAUUUAUUGCGAGCACAGUGCCCAGACGUCCGUGGCCAAGUACGCUCCCAGUGGGUUCUACAUAGCAUCCGGAGAUGUUACUGGUAAGGUACGUAUCUGGGACACCACCCAAAAGGAGCAUAUUCUGAAGUAUGAGCACCAGCCAAUCUCUGGCAAAGUCAACGACAUCGCCUGGGGCCCCGAAAGCAAAAGACUUGCCGUGUGUGGCGAGGGCCGUGAUAAGUUCGCUGCAGCAAUCCUUUGGGAUUCCGGUACUACCAUUGGUAAGCUGAACGGAAGCGCUAAUCACUGCAAUGCCAUUGACUACAAGCCGACCCGACCCUACCGCAUUGUAACUGCCUCGGAGGAUAUGACAACAUCAUAUUAUGAAGGGAUACCCUUCAAAUUUAAGACACAGCUCAGAGAGCACUCCAAUUUUGUGAACUCAACCAAAUUCUCCCCUGACGGUAAUUUCUUUGCUUCCGGAGGCUCUGACUCACAGGUGUUCUUGUACACUGGAAAAGACGGUGAGAAGGUUGCUGAGCUGCUAGACGGGAAGAAGGCCCACGAAGGCGGUGUUUAUUCGGUGUUCUUCAGUCCCGACAGUAAACGGCUCCUCACUGCAUCUGCCGACAAAACUGUCAAAAUGUGGGAUGUUGAAACCCAGCAGCUUAUCACGACUUUUAAGAUGGGCACGGUGGUUGAAGACCAGCAGCUUUCUCUCCUGUGGCAAGGCGAUUACAUGUUGUCUACUUCCCUCGCGGGUUACAUCAGCUACCUGGACAAGAACAACCCUGACACCCCGCUGCGGGUUAUCAAGGGUCACAACAAGAACAUCUCUAUGAUGGCCCUGUCCAGCGACACCAAGUCCAUUUAUUCAGCUGGCCUAGACAACAAAAUCCUGUGCUGGGAUGCCGAGAGUGGCGAGUGUGACGUUGCCGGGGGAAAGGCCCACACCAACAUGGUGACGGCCAUGAGCACCAACGGCAACAUAGUAGCCUCCGCUGGGAUGGACGACGUGGUUCGGUUCCUCGACACGGAAACCAAGACGUUCACUGAUGAUGUGAUCGGACUGGACAAACAGCCUCAAUGCAUUACAACCAAGGGAGAUUUGAUGGUGGUCGGCACAGUCGAAGAUAUUUGCCUGUUCAAGAAUAAAGCCAAAGUUUGCUCGGAGGCAGUCCGCUACACUGCCAAAGCGGCCCACUUGAGUCCCGCGGGGAACUUUUUAGCUGUUGGCGGAAGCGACAGCAAGUUGCACAUUUUUGACGUUUCCAACGACACACUGAAGGAAAUAGAUCAGCUGACCACACAACAACCCGUCUGUGCUGUGCAGUUUUCCUGCGACGGGACUUACCUGGCCUGCGGUGCCGACAAGAACGUCCUGCUCUGGAAAGUCCAGGAUUUUGAGCCGUGCAAUCACCUCUGGUCUUCCCACCGCGCUCGCGUCACAUCGCUCAGCUGGAAUCCUGAGAACAAACGCAUUGCCACUGGCGGGGUGGACGGCAGUAUCGGCAUCUGGGAUGUAGACAAUCUCAAAGAAGGCAACCUGAUCAUGGGCGCCCAUCCCAAGUCCGUCAUCACCGCGGUCGCAUGGCGAGACAGCACCACCGUCGUGUCUACGGGGCACGACAAAUGCAUCAAGCAGUGGACAGUCUAGAAGACGUGGGGUCAAAGGUCAUACUCAAAUAGGUCAGGCCAAAGUUCAUCAGGGAAAGGAGCAAGGCGCGUGGGCAGUGACAUUCACAGGGCAUACUUCUAAUCUUCAUAUUUUUCUUCCGCAUCCGUUCUGUAUGAAUAUAGGCUAAUCUUGCAAUCGCCGUCACCGGGUGGCGCUGUACUCGUACGCAAGCUGCACGCAUUCUUACUUUGCGGCACGCAUGCAAAUUGAAAACCUUACGGACUUCAUGCGCAAACAGAAGCGAUGCUUUUUUACAACUUUUAAAAGCAGUAGAGGGACACACGUCGUUCACGUACUUCCUGUGCGCGUAUCGCGUGAAGUACGCACGUUUACUUUUAUUUGGAAUGUGUACAAAACAGUGGUGUCUUCGUGUGAAGCGCGGAUGGUAAUGCGUUCGAAUGUCACACCAAGUGGUCUCCCUGCACUCUCCAUUUCCAACCAUUGAGGGGGUACUUGUGCGCGAAGUCCAUUUGGUCGGAGGGGCAUUGAGCGCACGUGUACCACCGGCACCCAAGCGCAGCUAGGCCAACUCGAUCAAUUCUAAUUUAGAAACGGUCACAUACUGCCGGAAAAUUGAAAUUUUGUUGCAGGAGUUUUUCCGAUUUGAUAGGCUGUAGAUUUAU